GGUAAUUCAAUGAGGAACAUCCACCUAGGAAGUGCAGAGAACUGCUAGCCAAAUUCUUGUUUUUCACUAUUUUUAUUCAAUGAAAUGAAAAUAACAAAGUCGUUUAACGUUAUAGUAAGAUGAUACCGAGAUGAAUAAGUGUAUGUGCGAGGAGAGUGCCAAAGAAUUGAUCAGGACAAGAAACACAGGUGUGACAGCAACGGCAAAUACCGCAUAGGAGGCUAAAAUAAAAAAAAAAUAUUUGAGCUUUAUUUAUCUGUAUAGAUCUAAAAAUAAAUUGUGUUUGAGUGUACAAAGGAGGGACCUUAAGUGUUUUAUAAAGGUGUUUUUUUUUUUAAAUAUAAUUAUAAUAGCAUUUGACCCACUUACGAGUUCUCUGGGUUGACCUAUCGGUCGCGAAUGCGGGCUAAAGGUUUAUUUUUAGGAUGUAGCUUUGCAGUUAAUUUAAUAUUUAUAAAUGUCUUUCGCGAUGCAUAAGUGCAAUCCUAAUUGCAGCGGAUGUCGCGGAGUUUUGUGUUGGAAUACGGUAUUAUAAAAAAGUGAAUGUGAAUUAGAAAUGUAAAUAAAUGGAUGAUCACUAAAUAAAACAAUUUCCUGAGGGAUCAAUUUAUUGGUAGACAUUUUUAAUCAAAUCCGAAAUAAAAAAAAAAAAGUAGAUAAUCUGAACAUGUUUAAUAAAACCUAUUUAGAUAGUUACACUAAUAAAUAAUGAUGGGAGAUACAUUUUUUAUAUAUAAUAAAAUGGUGACUUAAUAUGGAUGUAUGUAAAAUGCGAUUGCUUGUUUAAAAAGUAAUGUAUGGGCCGCAAGCCCUAAGGCUGGAUAUAGUCAGUAAUGAAGAAGCAAAAUGUCCGCACUUUGUCAUUAAUUGUGUGCACAUUUACAUACUUGCUUGUCGGCGCUGCCGUUUUUGAUGCACUGGAAUCAACAACCGAGAAGAAUCGAUUUGAAGUUUUACAAGCGAUCGAAGGUAUGAUAAUUCGUAAAUACAACAUAACCGAAGAGGAUUUUCGCGUUAUGGAGACAGUGGUUCUCAAGUCGGAGCCGCACAAAGCGGGCCAGCAGUGGAAGUUCACUGGCGCUUUUUAUUACGCCACCACAGUUCUUACUACCAUCGGGUACGGUCACUCAACUCCGUCGACGAUAGGUGGGAAGCUAUUCACAAUGUUCUAUGCCAUAGUCGGUAUACCCCUCGGCCUGAUCAUGUUCCAGAGCAUCGGUGAGAGAGUUAACAGGCUAAGUAGUGUUAUAAUAAAAUCAAUAAAGCGAGCUAUGAACUGCGCUCAGACGAACGCCUCUGAGGUCGACCUGAUCUGUGUGGUGACCAUCCUCUCCUCGUUGACCAUAGCUGGUGGGGCGGCGGCUUUCUCCAAAUUCGAGGGAUGGAGCUAUUUUGAUAGUGUUUACUAUUGCUUCAUCACACUAACUACUAUCGGUUUCGGCGACAUGGUGGCGUUACAGAAAGACAACGCCCUCAACCGCAAGCCGUCGUACGUGAUGUUCGCUCUCAUCUUCAUCCUGUUCGGGCUGGCGAUAGUGGCGGCCUGCCUCAACCUGCUGGUGCUGCGCUUCGUCACCAUGAACACCGAGGACGAGAAGAGGGAUCAGGCGCAGGCGGAACAGGCGCAGCAGGUGGCCGUUCGUCUGGAGGGUGACGUCAUCACGGCGGAUGGAGCGGUUUUACGCGGAGUGGCCCGGGGUACACGCCUGCCAGCACCGCACGCUCUCAUCACAGCUGGUGAUCCAUCAAUGACACCUCUGUACAUAGACGACGAGUACUCGCCCAGUGUGUGUAGCUGUUCUUGCAGUUGUUUCAGGAAAACUAUGGGAAUCCCCUACCGAGAUCCUCUGUCCCCGGUGCCGCCGACUUAUAUAAAGGACAUUAGAUCAAAGAACUACCGGGAGCUAGGGAACAUGCCGCGUCACAGCGAGAAGACCUCCGGGAACAGGUCGCAGUCGCUGAGGUUGAACUCGGCGUCCGGCUAUCUGUACAUGAACGCUAAGUCCAACGACUUCCAGAUAGACCCGGAAGAUUUCAGAGACAUAGUGGCGAAGAGACGCGAACAGCUGAGGAAGGGCAUGACGAACAUGAGCGAGCAGUACACGCACGCGCACAGGGACAGCUGCAGGACGGAGAGCCAGAGCUCGCUGUACUCCAUGAACAUCAGAAACGACAACAGAUCCAACGACCCGCUGGUGUACGACUGCGACUCCGAGAGGUCCAGCUACGAGAGGAAGAAGAUCAUAAAGAACAUAGAGAGGAACACGGACAGAAGAAACGAGAACUACUUCUACGACGACGCCAUCUUGCAUUUCGACGACGAGUACGCCUUCGACGGCUCCAUAAUAUUCGCCAAACGCAGAAAAUCCGUGGACCGCAACAUAGACUUGACGUGCGAGCUCCCCAGCGCCGUGUACGACCAGCUCUCCAACGACAGCUACGGCUACUACCUGCCCGACGACGAGGACGAGGACCUGUACUUCGUCAACGACACCCUCACCUUCAACCUGCCGCCGCAUCGUGCCAGCAUCUAAUUAUACAACCUAGUUUAAAACAAGGGCCAAUUAGUGUAAAUUAUAGAUUUUACACAGUUCACGCUUGUAUUGGCUUAUGUAGAUAUUGUAAAUUCGCUAAGCUAAAAAUUCCUUUUUUUUGGACCCUAUAUAUUUUUUUUCUCCCAUCACAGAACUCAAAUGUCAACAAACGUAAUCGUCGAUAACGUUUUUCAUUCACUGCGCAAGAGGGAAUGUAAUUGAUGUCAUUUAAUAGCAUUUGAUUUCUGUGAUAGCCGAUAUUUUGAAUCUUUAGAUAAAAUGUAGAUAAUAAAGAAUGUGUGAUUGCGGAGUCGUUCGUACUGUUGUUAUGACUAAGUUCCAUUCUGCCGAAGUCGCUAACUAGUAAGCCAAAACGACAUUCCUUAACUCUAUUGAGCUUAGAGAGUUUUGAAUCUUUUAAGUAUGGAAAAAAAAAUUUUUUUUUCAUUUAUUACUAUUGUUGUUAGUAAGAAUAAUUUUAAUGCUGACAGAAGCAAAAAAAAAAUUAAAAAUCUUUGAUCGCGUUUGAUAUAAAAGAUUUUGUUGAAAUUUUAUUGAAAUUAAAAUUUCACUUUCGGUUUUGAACCUCGUAUUAUAAGAGUCGAUCUCUUAAUAUUAACUAAAGCAUUUAUUAUCUGUAUAGUGAUACACUCUCAAUGUAUAACAUUCCGUUUAUAUAUAUAUAAUAUAUUUUGACUGAUUUUAUUUAUUUUAAUGAUAUACUAAAAUAAUUGUAAUUUUAGUUACACGUGAUUUAUUUUUAAUCAAAACGCUUUUAAGAUUAAGUAAAAAUAACUAAGUCAUUUUUUUUUUCUAAAUAAUUCAAAAGACUAGUCAGAUGUUACAAUGCACGUGCCAAAUACGAUAUAAUAUUUAAAAAAAUGGCCGAAUAUCCGACGGAGUAAAUGAUCUCGGUUUGAAAUUUAAUAUAUAUGUUUUUUUUUAGAUGAACUAAUAAUACCUCGUAAACUUCCACGUCAUUAAAGUUGACCUUAUAAUGGUUAGUGAUUUACAAACCGCGUAUAAGAAUAAAACAUUGUAUGCCUGCUUUAUAAGUACUUGGUGUGUCUGACAAAUAUAUAUGUUUACUGAGUUAGGCUAUGUACGAAUAACGGUCUGAGUUGAUUGUAAUUUAAAAAGGAUGUAAAAUAAAAUCGGAUUUCAUUAAAAAACAUUAUAAAA